AUGUCCCACGUCCCACCAACCCAGUCCAUUCCCAAACCAGAGGAACCUAAAGAACCACAACAGUCUCCUCAGCAACCUCAGUUCCAGCAAGUACCUCCACCAAAUUACUACCAAUUUCCACCUCAAGGUUACUACCCACCACAAGGCUUCCCGAACUACCCUCCUCUGCCUAUGCCUUACUUCCCCAACCCUUGGAU